AUGUCCCAACACAGUCAUCUAUCUUUUGCCUUUGGAGUUCUAGGCAACAUUUCAUCUUUUGUGUGCUUUCUGGCACCACUACCAACAUUCUAUAGAGUUUGUAAGAAGAAAUCAACAGAAGGGUUUCAAUCCAUUCCCUAUGUGGCUGCAUUAUUCAGUGCAAUGCUUUGGCUUUUUUAUGCUUAUAUCAAGACAGGAGAAACUCUUCUUAUCACAAUCAAUGCAUUUGGUUGUGUGAUAGAAACUGUUUACCUAGCCAUUUAUGUCACUUACUGUCCCAAGAAAAUUAGGAUGUUCACAUUGAGGAUGAUUGUGUUGAUGAAUUUCGUCGGAUUCGGCACGAUUGCCGUCUUAACUUAUGUCUUAGCAAAAGAAGAGGAAGGACGUAUCAAAAUUCUUGGAUGGAUUUGUGUAGUUUUUGCUACUAGUGUUUUUGCAGCACCUUUAAGUAUUAUUAGAGUUGUUAUUCGUACCAAAAGUGUAGAGUUUCUUCCUUUUCCUCUUUCGCUUCUUCUCCUCAUAAGCGCGGUUAUGUGGCUCUUGUAUGGUCUUUCUCUCAGAGAUAUCUAUGUUACUCUUCCGAACGUUGUGGGGUUAACAUUUGGAAUAGUUCAGAUCACACUGUAUCUUAUAUACAGAAAGAGUACGCCAGUAAAUGAUGAGAAGCUUCCUGAACAUAAAGGAGAUGUUGCUAUGAGCAAUGAAAUAGAAAGCGCAGUUCCUGCUAAUGGUACUUCAGAUGAGAAGAAAAUUGAAGCGAGUGUUGAUACAGAGAUUGUGAGAAAAAAAGAAGAGGCAGAAGAAGAACAUGAUGAUGAAGAGAAGAAAGAGGAGAAAAGGGAGGUAAAGAAUGAGAAAGAGAAGAUUGAUGUCAGCAAAAGUGGUUGUGAAGUUUAA